AUGUCUUCGGGGCGUCGCGGGGUUGGUCUCUCCGCCUUUGACCGACACAGCAUAACCAGCGCUCAAUAUGCUUCUCACGGCACCGCUCUCCGCUCGCAGCAUCUGCAAUCCCUCCAGACGCAGCUUUCCGUCUUCCAGUCUCUACUGCACCAGUUCAGUAUCACCCAUGCCAAGGACAUUCGCUCGAACCCCACGUUCCGCGCCGAGUUCGCUCGCAUGUGCAAUGCCAUCGGCGUCGACCCGCUAGCCUCCUCUAACCGGAAAGCUGGCGCGAAGGCCGAGGGCGGAGGCAGUUUCUGGGCGCAGAUGCUAGGCGGCAGCGUGAACGACUUCUAUUUCGAGUUGGCUGUCAGGGUUGUCGAGGUAUGCCGCGACACGAGGGCUGAGAACGGAGGCAUGAUUGCCCUGCAUGAGGUUCAGCAGAGGGUGCAGAAGGGAAAGAGCAUCGGCGGUGGCAUGGAGGUCUCCGAUGACGACGUAUUGCGCGCAGUCAAGUCCUUGGAGCCGUUAGGCUCUGGCUUCACUAUCAUAAAAUUGGGCCACAACCAGAUGAUCAGGUCCAUCCCCAAAGAACUCAACACCGACCAGUCAUCAGUUCUUGAAGCUAUACAAGUCCUUGGAUAUGUUACUGUGUCCAUGCUGCAGAUAAACCUUAACUGGGAACGGGCAAGGGCACUGACAAUCCUGGAUGACCUCAUGGCAGAUUCGCUCGUGUGGGUGGACAAGCAGACCGAGGAGACAGAGUAUUGGUCGCCGACGUUCAUACACGACACGGGGGUCAGCGAGGCAAACGCGACCUAA